AUGAUAACAAUUAAUCACAAUCAGAAGGAUAAUAAAUCCAAAUUAAUCAAAAAGAUCUUUGGUAAUAUAUAUGUAAGGAGAUUGUUGUUUGAAAAGGUGAAAGAGAUAAAUAGAGGAUUGGAUGGACAAGAGAUUUCAACAUGGACAAUGGUCAAAUCUUCACUUCGGGCCUCUGUAUACUUUGGUUAUACAGACAACUUCAGAGCCCUCCUUGCAACUGCCACUCAAGAGACUUUAACAGAGUUCAUCAAAUCCAGGCAUAUGUAUCGCAUUGCUUCCACUGGUAAAGUGGAUAUACUACAUGUUAUGCAUCAGUGUUGCCAACAACAAUCUUCAAUGGAUGAAGGUAUUGUACUUCCUUGUUCAAACAUCUUGAGACUGGCCGCAGGUCAUGGCAACUUUGAAAUAGUCCGUUACAUACUUGAAGUGUGUACUCAUUCAAAGAACAUGUUCUAUUGCCGUAUGGCAAUGCAGGCAGCAGCUGGCAAUGGUCACAUGUCCAUUGUAAAACUGAUACACAGUCAUGGAGGUAUCAGUUUGUACAACUUUCUCAAAAUGCCACUGGCCGACAUGUGUUAUUACCUACCAAGUAGAUCAAUGUUACAUGAUUGUGGAGGCAUUGACCGGGCCGCAAUGUAUGGACACAUCGACAUUGUCAAGUUCCUCACCGAGAAGCAAUUGUACAGAUGUACAACAUACGCAAUGACCAGUGCUGCACAGAAUGGUGACCUUGAUCUCGUUCACUAUCUUCAUGAGAAUAGAACAGAGGGUUGUACAACUGAUGCUUUGGACGGUGCAGCUGGACGUGGACACUUUACAAUGGUGGAGUUCCUACAUUCCAAGAGAUCUGAGGGAUGCACAACAAAAGCAAUGGACUCUGCUUCGUCGAAUGGACAUCUGGACAUUGUACAGUUUUUACAUCAUAAUCGCAGUGAAGGUGCAACAGUCGAUGCAAUGGAUAUGGCUGCUGCUCAUGGACAUAUGGAGAUCGUUCGGUUCCUGGCUGAGAAGAGGUCUGAAGGAUGUAGUGAAAAGGCAAUUCUAUUGGCGUCAGCUGGUGGACAUUUGGAGAUCGUUAUAUACCUUCUCAUGAACAGAUCAGAGAACAAUAUUCUAAAAGCAAUGAAUUAUGCUGCGAGUAAUGGACACAAAGAAGUAUUUGAAUAUUUAUUCAAUCAUGGAAAGAAG